AUGCAAGAUGUUCGCAAAGAGCUCAGUCACCUUGUGUCACACUCCAAGGACGCAUUAGAUACCACUACCGAUGCGCUGUGCAUCGAAACUGCGCGCGUACUUUCAAAACGUGACGAUGCGCAUGAUGCACGCAUAUGGCGCGAGCUGCAUACGAUGUUUUUUAGCACACUUGGUGCGCUGCUGCGCGAUGCGCAAUUUGAGCACGCGGUGCGAUGCGUUGCAUCGCUGGCCAAGCUUGCACCAGGAGUUCCGCUUGCGCCGAAGCAUGCGCGCCUUGUCCUGCGUACGCUCGCACACGCGCCGCCGUCGCAUUUUGCAUGUGCAUGGCGCGCGACACGACUUCUAUUACCGCAGGUCACGCCGUCCGAAACGCGCGCUGCGAUACGUACGCUGCUGCAUGUGAACCGCGUUGGGGACGCGAUACAGAUUUUCCAGUGGCAUGUUCGCCGAUUCUGGCGACAUGACGCACCGCCGCCGUCGCACCAACUCAUGCACAAUAUCAUGAUCCAAAUGCGCUACCUCGCAUUUGCGCAAUCCGCUCCCUGUAUAGAGAUGCAGUAUACGGAUGCGCUCGCGAAACUUGCAGCGCUGCUCCGCGAAAAUUGCGUGCCGCUCCCGGGCACGCGCGAAGAUAUCGCUUGGCUGAUCAAGCUGCUCUAUACCUACACGCCGUGCAAUCUGCCAGCUACAUGGCACGCGCAGCGUGCCAAACUUGUAAUCCGACGUACGCUGCCUCUGCUCGUGCAUCGAAUUCCUACACACGCACCGCCCUCCUAUCCUCCCAGCCCCGCGCGGCCUCGCGACAGGCGUCUUUUCCUCCUCCCGCCGUUUUCUGCACGUGCCUACAAUGCCUUGGUUCAGUAUACGUUGCGGUACGCCAAGCGGCCGCACUGGUGCCGGAUUGUGCUCGAACAUAUGACGCAUGCACGCAAUCCGUCUCUUGCGCCGAGCCCCGCGACCAUCACCAUUCUCUUGCAGCAAGCGACCCGACGCCGGGCAGAGACGCUCGGCGCAUACGCUUUGGAGCUUGGCGCCGCGAUGGAGUCGGCAGAACGGCACGGCGCAUCGAAUUCGCCGCACCUGAGCGCUGCACGCAUCCUGACGCACCUUGAGUCGGCCAUUGUACUCAGCGAUACACACCGGGUGCUUGCCUUGGUGCAACACAUCUGCACGAUGCACCUGCGCACACAAACAAGACCGAACGGCGUGCGCCUCGCGAGUGUCGUUUUCCGACUAUGUCCGGAACUGCGCAGGGCGCAGCGUGUGUUGGUGGCUCCGUCGGCAGCAAUGGACCCGCGCAUCGAGCUGGCCGUCUUGCAGCUCGCGGCACGUCGCGGGAGUAUUACCAUGGCGCUGCGGAUAUGGCACGUACUCAAACAUCGCCAUGCGCUGCCCCAGGACCCUGUCUCGCUUGCCGCUGCGACUGUUGUAAUGCAGCUGCUUGCAUGCUCGGCACACCGUAUGCGUCGCAUUCCGCGUGCGCAGCGGGCACGCCAAUUUCCACGGAAGCAUGCGCGCGCGCUAGCGAUGCAAGAGUAUGAAUGGCUGCUACGCCAUUGGAGUGCCGCUGGAGCAGUGCCUGAUGCCAAAUUCUUCCGCGCGGUCUUGUGCGUGCUUGCGCGUACUGCGCAUGUGCGUGACGCUGCGCAUGUGCGCGUACGCACAGAUAUGCACACGCUGGGGAUCAAUGCGCAAAACAUACCCACUCGAACCAACUAG